CUAAUCAUGUUCCUGAAUUGCUGCUCGCGCUAGCUAAAAACAGCCUCUCGAGCACUACUGCCUAUGUUUUGGAGCAAUUGGUUGUAUGCCUUGUGAGCUCUCUCGACAUUUAUUUUUUGAGGCAUUGUUGAUUGAUAGGUCGUUGCUAGAUCAAUCUGCUUAUUCUACUCUGAACCAUGACAUCAGCACUGCACCUGAUGCAUGGUCGCCUGCGCACAAACAUCUUCAGAGAUGAGGCCCGACAGAAAUUUGUCACCCUUCUGGACAAAACCGUUGGCACUAAGGCGAUCGUCUGGGACGAGCGGCUGACGGGCCCGUUCGGCCUGGUGGCCGAGUACUCGUUUCUGCGCGAACACGACGUGGCCAAGAUGUUCCCGCUGCGCGCGGGCCGGCUGCCGCCCAGUGACGUGGACACUGUGGUGUUCCUCGUACGCCCAGAGGUCGGCCUCAUGGAACUGGUCGCCGAGAACGUGCAAAAGGAGGAGGAGCAGGGCGGCCGGCGCAAGGAGUUUGUGCUCUGCUUCAUGCCGACCGGGAGCGGCGCGUGUGAGCGGGUGCUGGAGGAGCGCCGGGUGCGCGGCACCUUCAGUCAGAUCACCUGUCUGGAGGUGCGCCUGCUGCCGCUCGAUGCCGACCUCCUCUCCAUGGAGUACCCGCUCGGAUUCAAGGAGUACGCCCUGGAGAACGACCCGAGCUGUCUGUUUGAGGCGGCCCAGGCGCUGCUGGAGAUCCAGCUCAAGUUCGGCAUCAUUCCCUCCAUCUGUGGCAAAGGAAACGCCGCUAAAAAGGUGUACGACUACCUGUUGAACCUGCGCCGGGAGCACCAGGACUCGGAGUUUCCGACCGUCUGCGAGAUUGACACACUGCUGCUGAUUGACCGCGAGGUGGACCUGAUUACACCGGUGGCCACCCAACUGACCUACGAGGGACUCAUCGACGAGGUGUUCGGCAUCCACAACAAUACGGUGAAGCUGCCCUCGGAGAAGUUUGUCAAGCAGGACGGCGGGCCCAUCGAGAUGACGAACGACCGCAAACAGUUCCUCCUGAGCUCGGCGGAAGAGUUGUACGCCGACAUCAGGGAUAAGAACUUCAACGCGGUUGGUCCGGCCCUCAGUAGGAAGGCGAAGCAGAUCUCUGCUCAGUACGAGGAGCGACAUUCUCAGUCGGUCAGUGAGAUGAAGAACUUUGUCAAGAACGUGCUGCCGACCAUCAAAGCCGCCAAGGAGUCACUCGGACUGCACACGUCGAUCGCCGAGCUGAUCAAGGAGCGCACCGACAGCGAGUCAUUCCUGGAGGCGCUGCAGACCGAACAGGAGAUGAUGAACGCCAUCGACACAGACCGGGCGCACCCGCACAUCGAGCAGCUCAUCGCCAAAAAGGCCGACCUCACUCGGGUACUGCGGUUGAUCUGUCUGCAAUCGGCCUGCAACUCUGGCCUGAAGCCGCGCCUGAUGGAUCAGUACCGACGCGACCUGCUCCAGACCUACGGCUUCCAGCACGCGCUGACCCUGAACAACCUGGAGCGGGCGGGCCUGCUGCGCACGCAGGGACGCACCACCUACAGCGCUCUGCGGCGGCAGCUGAAACUUACCGUGGAUGAUGUGAACGAACAGGCGCCCACCGAUAUAUCCUACACGUUCAGCGGGUACGCGCCGCUGUCGGUGCGGCUGGCUCAGCUGCUGGCGCGGCCCGGCUGGCGCUCAGUGUCCGAGGCCCUGGCGCUGCUGCCCGGCCCGACCCUGAUGGAGGAGCAGCCGGCGCCGGCGGCCGCACGCAAUCGGCGCGACACUGGCCCGCUGGGACUGAGCGCCGACGACGCGCGCCUCACCCUGGUCGUGUUCCUUGGAGGAGCGACGUUCGCGGAGGUGGCCGCGCUGCGCUUCCUCUCCAGCCAGGAGGACGCGCCCACCGAGUACGUGAUAGCGACCACCAAGAUGAUCAACGGCAACUCCCUGAUCAGUUCGCUGUCAGAGGAGCUGGUACCGGUGGGCGGCGCGUAGGCAGGCGGAUAGGCAGCGCGUAGGCGGUCGGACAGGACAGGUGGCGCCUGGACGGUGAGGGACAUACAGCAACCGGCGCACAGCGUAGCGGUCUAGCGGCAAAGGCUGUGCUCAUCACUUUUCAUGCGUGCCGAAGCUUGCCGAUGGCGAGUCGCCGUUUGCUAGACUGUCGCCGUGGCUACCCGGGGCAGGCUUUUGGUCUCGACUGAGUCUUGACUGAGAGAUCACGAUUUUCCGGGCCAAAGCGUCAU